GGCGGCGAGGGAGGGAGCGCGAGAGAAGAGGCACGCGCCCGCCCGUCCGCGCCCAGACCGCCGCAGCCGCCUUAGCAGCCAUGGCCGAGCGCCGCGCCUUUGCCCAGAAGAUCAGCAGAACUGUGGCUGCUGAAGUUAGGAAGCAGAUUUCUGGACAGUACAGUGGUUCUCCCCAACUGCUCAAAAACCUCAACAUUGUUGGCAGUAUAUCCCAUCAUACCACAGUGCCCCUUACUGAAGCAGUGGAUCCAGUGGAUUUGGAAGAUUACCUCAUUACUCAUCCUUUAGCUGUGGAUUCUGGGCUUUUAAGGGAUUUGAUUGAAUUCCCUCCAGAUGAUAUUGAAGUGGUUUAUAGUCCUAGGGACUGUAGAACCCUUGUUUCAGCUGUACCUGAAGAAAGUGAAAUGGAUCCACAUGUUAGAGAUUGUAUAAGAAGUUAUACAGAAGACUGGGCAAUUGUGAUCAGAAAAUAUCAUAAACUGGGAACAGGAUUUAAUCCUAAUACAUUAGAUAAACAGAAAGAAAGGCAAAAAGGUUUGCCAAAACAGGUCUUUGAAUCCGAUGAAGCUCCAGAUGGCAACAACUACCAGGAUGAACAAGAUGAUCUUAAAAGACGUUCAAUGUCAAUAGAUGAUACUCCAAGGGGUAGCUGGGCCUGCAGUAUUUUUGACUUGAAAAAUUCACUUCCUGAUGCUUUGCUUCCCAAUUUACUUGAUCGAACUCCAAAUGAAGAAAUAGACCGUCAGAAUGAUGACCAAAGGAAAGCAAACCGUCAUAAGGAACUCUUUGCCUUGCAUCCAUCACCAGAUGAGGAAGAACCAAUAGAACGACUUAGUGUUCCUGAGGUGCCCAAAGAACAUUUUGGUCAAAGACUUCUUGUAAAAUGUUUAUCACUCAAGUUUGAGAUUGAAAUUGAACCCAUUUUUGCAAGUUUGGCUUUAUAUGAUGUGAAGGAAAAGAAAAAGAUUUCAGAAAACUUUUAUUUUGACCUUAAUUCUGAGCAGAUGAAAGGAUUAUUACGUCCACAUGUACCACCUGCUGCCAUUACCACCCUGGCACGAUCAGCAAUUUUUUCUAUCACUUAUCCUUCCCAAGAUGUUUUUCUUGUAAUAAAGCUAGAAAAAGUGCUACAGCAAGGAGACAUUGGAGAGUGUGCAGAACCAUAUAUGAUUUUCAAAGAAGCAGAUGCCACCAAGAAUAAGGAAAAAUUGGAGAAGCUGAAAAGUCAAGCUGAUCAGUUUUGCCAAAGACUUGGGAAGUAUCGCAUGCCUUUUGCUUGGACUGCAAUCCAUUUAAUGAAUAUUGUUAGCAGUGCUGGGAGUUUGGAAAGAGAUUCUACAGAGGUGGAAAUAAGCACUGGAGAACGAAAGGGGUCUUGGUCAGAGAGGAGGAAUUCUAGUCUGGUUGGCAGAAGAUCACUUGAAAGGACAACAAGUGGAGAUGAUUCUUGUAACUUGACCAGCUUUCGACCUGCUACUCUCACAGUGACAAAUUUUUUUAAGCAGGAAGGAGAUCGCUUAAGUGAUGAAGAUCUAUACAAAUUCCUUGCUGAUAUGAGAAGGCCAUCUUCUGUUUUACGGCGACUAAGACCUAUUACAGCUCAGCUGAAGAUAGACAUUUCUCCUGCACCUGAAAAUCCCCAUUAUUGCCUAACACCAGAGCUGCUUCAAGUGAAGCUUUACCCUGACAGUAGAGUUAGACCUACCAGAGAAAUUUUGGAGUUUCCUGCAAGGGAUGUCUAUGUUCCAAACACUACUUACAGAAACCUUCUCUACAUAUACCCUCAGAGUCUCAAUUUUGCCAACCGUCAAGGUUCUGCCAGAAAUAUAACAGUUAAAGUCCAGUUUAUGUAUGGGGAGGAUCCUAGCAAUGCCAUGCCGGUAAUCUUUGGUAAAUCUAGCUGUUCAGAAUUUUCAAAGGAAGCCUAUACAGCCGUAGUAUAUCAUAACAGGUCUCCUGAUUUUCAUGAAGAAAUCAAGGUUAAACUCCCUGCUACUUUAACUGACCAUCAUCACUUGCUUUUUACUUUUUAUCAUGUUAGUUGUCAACAAAAACAAAAUACUCCUCUUGAAACUCCUGUUGGAUACACGUGGAUACCGAUGCUUCAGAAUGGACGAUUAAAGACUGGGCAGUUUUGCCUACCGGUCUCACUGGAAAAACCGCCACAGGCUUAUUCUGUACUGUCUCCUGAGGUUCCUCUACCUGGCAUGAAAUGGGUAGAUAAUCACAAAGGUGUUUUUAAUGUUGAAGUUGUUGCUGUUUCAUCUAUCCAUACACAGGAUCCUUAUCUUGAUAAGUUUUUUGCUCUGGUGAAUGCUCUGGAUGAACACAUGUUCCCAGUCCGAAUUGGAGACAUGCGAAUCAUGGAAAACAACUUAGAAAAUGAAUUGAAGAGCAGUAUUGCAGCAUUGAAUUCAUCUCAGUUGGAACCAGUGGUCCGAUUUCUUUAUCUUCUGCUUGAUAAACUGAUACUUUUAGUUGUUAGACCUCCUGUCAUUGCUGGCCAAAUAGUAAAUCUAGGUCAAGCAUCAUUUGAAGCCAUGGCAUCAAUUAUAAAUCGGCUUCACAAAAACUUGGAAGGAAAUCAUGACCAGCAUGGCAGAAACAGCCUUCUCGCAUCAUAUAUCUAUUAUGUUUUUCGCCUACCGAAUACUUACCCUAAUUCACCAUCACCAGGUCCUGGGGGUUUGGGAGGAUCAGUGCAUUAUGCCACAAUGGCUAGAUCUGCUGUGAGACCUGCAAGCCUUAAUUUAAAUCGUUCUCGGAGCCUUAGUAAUAGUAAUCCAGAUAUAUCUGGAACUCCCACGUCACCAGAUGAUGAAGUACGGUCAAUCAUCGGCAGUAAGGGUUUAGACCGCUCCAAUUCCUGGGUUAACACUGGUGGUCCAAAAGCUGCCCCAUGGGGAUCCAACCCCAGUCCAAGUGCAGAAUCAACACAGGCUAUGGAUCGAAGUUGUAAUCGUAUGUCUUCGCACACAGAGACGUCAAGUUUCUUACAAACAUUAACGGGACGCUUACCAACUAAAAAGCUAUUUCAUGAGGAGCUGGCUUUGCAGUGGGUUGUUUGCAGUGGCAGCGUUCGGGAAUCAGCUUUGCAACAAGCCUGGUUCUUUUUUGAGUUAAUGGUAAAGAGCAUGGUGCACCAUUUAUACUUUAAUGAUAAACUUGAUGCACCAAGGAAAAGUCGUUUUCCAGAACGUUUCAUGGAUGACAUUGCUGCUCUUGUCAGCACAAUUGCUAGUGAUAUAGUUUCACGAUUUCAGAAGGACACAGAAAUGGUUGAGAGACUCAACACAAGCCUUGCAUUCUUUCUCAAUGAUCUGUUGUCUGUUAUGGACAGAGGAUUUGUGUUUAGCCUUAUAAAGACCUGCUAUAAACAGGUAUCUUCAAAGCUUUAUUCAUUACCAACUCCAAGUGUCUUGGUGUCCCUGAGGCUGGAUUUUCUGCGCAUCAUCAGCAGCCAUGAGCACUAUGUUACCUUAAACUUACCCUGCAGCCUGCUAACUCCACCUGCAUCGCCAUCACCUUCUGUUUCUUCUGCAACAUCUCAGAGUUCUGGAUUUUCCACCACUGUGCAAGACCAGAAGAUUGCAAAUAUGUUUGAAUUGUCUGUGCCUUUCCGCCAGCAACAUUAUUUGGCAGGACUUGUGUUAACAGAGCUGGCUGUCAUUUUAGAUCCUGAUGCUGAAGGACUGUUUGGAUUGCAUAAGAAAGUCAUCAAUAUGGUACACAAUUUACUAUCCAGUCACGACUCAGACCCACGGUACUCUGACCCCCAGAUAAAGGCUCGGGUGGCUAUGUUGUAUCUACCUCUGAUUGGCAUUAUCAUGGAAACUGUUCCUCAGCUGUAUGAUUUUACAGAAACUCACAAUCAACGAGGAAGACCAAUCUGUAUAGCCACCGAUGAUUAUGAGAGUGAGAGCGGAAGCAUGAUAAGCCAGACAGUUGCCAUGGCAAUUGCAGGAACAUCAGUUCCUCAGCUAACAAGGCCCGGCAGUUUCCUCCUCACAUCAACGAGUGGCAGACAACACACUACCUUUUCAGCAGAAUCAAGUCGGAGUCUUUUGAUCUGUCUGCUUUGGGUUCUCAAGAAUGCAGAUGAGACAGUUUUACAAAAGUGGUUUACAGAUCUCUCAGUCCUGCAGCUAAACCGGCUAUUAGAUCUGCUUUAUCUUUGUGUAUCUUGCUUUGAGUACAAAGGAAAGAAAGUGUUUGAAAGAAUGAAUAGUUUGACCUUUAAGAAAUCAAAGGACAUGAGAGCAAAGCUUGAGGAAGCUAUUCUUGGAAGCAUAGGUGCUAGGCAAGAAAUGGUGCGCCGAAGCCGAGGACAGCUUGAGAGAAGCCCAUCUGGAAGUGCCUUUGGGAGUCAAGAAAAUCUGAGGUGGAGGAAGGAUAUGACUCACUGGCGUCAAAACACUGAGAAGCUUGACAAGUCAAGAGCAGAGAUUGAACAUGAAGCACUGAUUGAUGGAAAUCUGGCUACUGAAGCAAAUCUAAUCAUUUUGGAUACAUUAGAGAUUGUUGUCCAGACAGUUUCUGUAACAGAAUCCAAAGAGAGCAUCCUUGGUGGGGUGCUGAAAGUGCUACUACAUAGCAUGGCCUGUAAUCAAAGUGCAGUUUAUCUACAACACUGUUUUGCUACCCAGAGAGCCCUGGUUUCAAAGUUCCCUGAACUCUUGUUUGAAGAGGAGACAGAGCAGUGUGCUGAUUUAUGCCUCCGGCUUCUCCGGCACUGUAGCAGUAGCAUCGGUACAAUACGGUCACAUGCUAGUGCCUCCCUUUACCUACUUAUGAGACAGAACUUUGAGAUUGGGAAUAACUUUGCCAGGGUUAAAAUGCAGGUAACCAUGUCACUGUCUUCCUUGGUGGGCACAUCUCAGAAUUUUAAUGAAGAAUUCUUAAGACGUUCUCUAAAGACUAUACUGACAUAUGCUGAAGAAGACUUGGAAUUGAGGGAGACAACAUUUCCUGAUCAGGUCCAAGAUUUGGUUUUCAACCUCCAUAUGAUCCUCUCUGAUACUGUUAAAAUGAAGGAACACCAGGAGGAUCCUGAAAUGUUGAUUGAUCUAAUGUACAGAAUUGCCAAGGGGUACCAGACCUCUCCAGACCUGCGGCUGACCUGGUUGCAGAACAUGGCUGGCAAACACUCGGAACGCAGCAAUCAUGCUGAAGCUGCCCAGUGCCUCGUUCACUCAGCAGCACUUGUUGCUGAAUAUCUGAGCAUGCUGGAGGACCGGAAAUAUCUUCCUGUGGGAUGUGUAACAUUUCAGAAUAUUUCAUCUAAUGUUUUAGAAGAAUCUGCAGUCUCAGAUGAUGUGGUAUCUCCAGAUGAAGAAGGUAUCUGCUCUGGAAAGUACUUUACUGAGUCAGGACUUGUGGGAUUACUGGAACAAGCAGCUGCUUCUUUCUCUAUGGCUGGCAUGUAUGAAGCAGUUAACGAGGUUUACAAAGUACUUAUUCCUAUUCAUGAAGCUAAUCGGGAUGCAAAGAAACUAUCCACGAUUCAUGGUAAACUUCAAGAAGCAUUCAGCAAAAUUGUUCAUCAGAGUACUGGCUGGGAGCGGAUGUUUGGCACCUAUUUUCGUGUUGGUUUUUAUGGAACCAAGUUCGGGGAUUUGGAUGAACAGGAAUUUGUUUACAAGGAGCCUGCAAUAACCAAACUUGCAGAGAUAUCUCACAGAUUGGAGGGAUUUUAUGGAGAAAGAUUUGGAGAGGAUGUGGUUGAAGUAAUCAAGGAUUCUAAUCCUGUAGACAAGUGUAAAUUAGAUCCUAACAAGGCAUAUAUUCAGAUUACCUACGUGGAGCCAUACUUUGACACAUAUGAGAUGAAGGACAGAAUCACAUAUUUUGACAAAAAUUAUAAUCUUCGUCGUUUCAUGUACUGUACACCCUUCACUUUAGAUGGUCGUGCCCAUGGGGAACUUCAUGAACAAUUCAAACGGAAGACCAUUCUGACUACUUCUCAUGCCUUUCCUUAUAUUAAGACAAGGGUUAAUGUCACUCACAAAGAGGAGAUCAUCUUAACACCAAUUGAAGUUGCUAUUGAAGACAUGCAGAAAAAAACGCAGGAGUUGGCAUUUGCCACACAUCAGGAUCCAGCAGACCCCAAAAUGCUUCAGAUGGUACUCCAGGGAUCUGUAGGCACAACAGUGAAUCAGGGGCCUUUGGAAGUUGCCCAGGUUUUCCUGUCUGAAAUACCCAGUGACCCAAAGCUCUUCAGACAUCAUAAUAAAUUGCGACUCUGCUUCAAAGAUUUUACUAAAAGGUGUGAGGAUGCCUUAAGAAAAAAUAAGAGCUUAAUUGGGCCAGAUCAAAAGGAGUAUCAAAGGGAACUGGAGAGAAACUAUCAUCGCCUUAAAGAGGCCCUACAGCCUCUGAUAAACAGAAAGAUCCCUCAGUUAUACAAGGCAGUAUUACCUGUUACCUGCCACAGGGAUUCCUUCAGUCGAAUGAGCCUGCGCAAAAUGGAUCUCUAAUAUAAAUGCACUUGUUUUAUUCAUUUGAAAAAAGCCAUGUAUUCAACAUUGAGUGUGAAAAGAAUUUAAGAACUUUUGAAAAAGACUUGGGACUUAAUUCUGGAAAUUAUAGUAUUAAUUUACUCAUGGAAGAAUGCAGUGGCCAAACAAUAUCAAAUGGCGAUCGCUGAAGUUUGAGAAUCAUGGCUGUGGUUUCUAAUGUUCUGGUAAUAUGCUGUUAUCUUUUUUAAGACAUUUUAAUGACUCAAAGGUACACUUACAUUUACCAUUAUUUAUACCAUAGCUAAUGUUAAAUUUAUUUACUUUAAGUUUGUAUUUUUUAAUUUAUAUUACCAUUUAUAGAUUCGUUUUGGAACCAUUUUAAAUGUAGUAAUUCUUAUUUUAAAGGUACUAUUAAAUAUGUGAAUGUUUACACUAAUUUUACUGAGACUAAAAAAAAUUUUUUUACUGACAAAAGCAGAGAAUAAGUUAGUUGAUUCAAGAAACAGUUCCAAAAAUAGCAAAAUGAAAAUCAUAAUUGACACUUUAUGGGCCCAGAUAAUAGCCCCAAAAUUAAAUAAAUGAAUAAAUUAAUGGGUGGAAAUAAAUUAUUGAUAACGGGUUUGUAAAGUCUUAAAACUGGUUUCUAAGGUAUUUUCCAUUUAGGCACACAAAAAAGGGAUUUAGAAUUGCAGAAGAAACUUUACGUGAUAACUUCUGUCUAUAAAUAACGAUUACAUACUGGGAUAGCUAAUACCAGUGACA